AAACUAUACAUACGAGUUUAUGUGGUACGUUUUGAUUGGUUAAUGGUAGAUGACGUCACUGCACGGGGUAUAUAAAUGCGCCACACGCGGAGUCAUACAGGAAUUGAGUCAACACACACACAACAUGAAGGUUCUGGUCGUACUUUGUCUGGCGGUUGCCUGCUCGGCGAUGCCCGGUCUGGUUGGACCUUCCGGAGUCAUCGGACCGUCUGGUUUGGUUGGUCCCUCCGGCCCCGUCCAGUUCCACCAGCCAGCCUAUGCCUUCCUUGGACACGCCGCCCACGCCCACGUCGCUGCCCUUAACGCCGUCAGAAACCCAACCGUCGCCCGCCCCCUCAUAUACCAGGCCGCUCCCCACGUCCCCGUAAUCUACGGUGUGGACCACGCUGGCUGUGUCAGCGGUCCCUCAGGCAAGGUGUGCCCCACUGGAAACAUCCAGUACCUGAACUAAGUCAAUGACGGCCGCCUAGCCCCGCUACACCCCCGCAUACCCACACUCCAUGUUCUGCGCUCCGCGCCAUUCCCAGACCAGGACCAUCGUCCUUGCCUAAUUCAUAACAAUUGAUGGACACAUUUCAUGCAUUAAUCAUUGUCAAAUUUACCCACGCAUCUGUGAUGAAUACAUGUUGACGUCAGUAA